AUUGUAAGUCGGAUAAGAGCGUCAGUUAAAUGACAUGUAAUAUAAUGUAGAAGGCAUCGUCUGUCUAGGAUUUUUCCCUGAAGGAAAACGUGUAAUAAUUUUGUAAUAUUUAGAAUAUUUAAUUGUUGUAUUUAAAAUGUACAACACUGACAUGAAUCGUCAUUUCAAGCUAGCUUGUAUUAUUUAUACUUUAGAAGUAUAUUUCUGGGCAGAGUAGCAACAUAUGGAUAUAAAUGACUCCUUACGUUCCUUUUUUCUUUUACACCCAUAUGAUUAGAAACAUCACUUCGGAAGUGUGAUAAAAGAUUCAAAGAUAAUUCACCGCUUUAUACUGUUGGAAAGGUUUAAGGAUGUGGCAUCAUCUCCGGCUGUGGCAUCUAGGCCACUGCCGGAGAUGCCGAGGAGUGAGCUUUCUUUCAAAGUAUUCACCAGUUUUUAUUGUCCCAUGCCUCUCUGCAUUCAUUAGCACUCAAACUGCGUUUGUGUUUUCUUUGUUACCGUGUUCCACCACUGGGGGGAGACUGUGAGCAGCACCUGGCUGCAUGCAGGGAUCAUUUUGUUUACGCAGUCAGAAUUAAUGACUUUAUCGAGGGGGCCUCUCAUGAUGCCAUUGGCCCUAACAGCAUUUAAUAAUCUGCUAAUUACACCAACAGCGGAUGUCAAACACAUACGGCCACAUGAUUACAGCAAAGGUUGUACGCAGAAAACAAACCUUAUCAACACGGAGUGUCUGUGUCGAUUGGGUUUGGCUAUUAUCCCAGCGGUGUAAUGUGCUAAUAGACGAUAUAUACCAAAUGGACAGGUAGCAGACGUGUGGCUGGUUGGCCCCCUCACCUGCAGCGGUGGGUUUCUCUGUGCCUCUCAGCCUGAAGGGGCCCGUGGCGCUCGGCGCUGCUUCUCCGACCUCGCCGGGAUUGACUUGAUCUCCUGGAGAAAAGCUCCCAUGACCUCAGCGAGCUUGAGGAAACAGGGGACGAAGACCCACAUGACAGAGCAACAAUAGACCCCAUCCCCCCCCCCUCUCUCACACACACACACACACAGUGAGCACUUUUUGAAUUAUCACUUGAGGUUGUUGAGCCACAUUUGACUUAAUCUGAGAGGAAAGACAGGAUGGACAAACUGUGACUGGUGGCUGCUUAAUUAACUCUAAUAUUAAAUAAAGUAAGUAUUGCUAGUUAAAUAAAAUAAGUUCUGUUUUUCUCUUACGGUAACAAGUCAAAGGGACCCCCCAUACCUUGGCAGCACAGAGGUCCCACUAUGUGCUCAUUCGGGUGUCCGACUGAGCGGGCUCAUCGUUACAGAUGCAAGCGUCCUCUCGGCAGUAAUUAGCUGUACCGGGAGUGACACCCGACAGGUUGUGCUGUUUUCAUAUGGGGGGUUAAAUGCCACAGCCUCCCCCUGUGGAGUCCGUCGCCUGCCGCUGCUGUACAGCCUGUGGUGGUCGGGACAACACCUUGGAGCCAAACAAUUACACGAAGGUCAUGGAGAGGAGGAAUGUUCUGGCGAUUAGUGCAGCAGUCCGGCUGCAACCUGCAGGGCCACAGCAGCUCUUCACCGGGGGGACGACCACCGGGGCGACGGGUCAGCUCACAUUCUGGAUGCACUCGUUGAGUGCAAAGGCAGCAUGUUUUCAAAAUAGUGUAUCACACACAGUUGAUUGCAUGCCGUAACAACUUCAUGACGUGUAGUAAUUAUUAUUAUUAUUAUGUGUUAAUAGAUCAGAAGAGUGGGAAGGUUUGUAGAGCGACUGGCAUCUUCUCAUUCCAAACUCGCACCAUUUGCCUGCCAGUGGUCGACACGUCACACGUCACAGCCGUUUUUUUCCUUUGACGGUUAUGUGUAAAAUCAGUGUAGGUAAAUGUAAAUCUUUGUGACGCCAUGCUUACUGUAUACAAACGUACUCCACAGUGGACGGGGGUUGAUUCCAUUUUAAUCAUAAAGUCAGAGAAGCACUUUUAUGGGAUGCAGAUGAUUUGGUGUCUUUAUUAUGUUUCUCCUAUUACCUUCCACAGUAGUUAAAGGUCCCCUUUUUAAUUCUAAAUGUUAAUGAUCUGGACAAUUUAAAUCCCAAUUUGACUGAUCUUUAUAAGAAGCUGAAAUUUUAAAAAAGAAAAAAAUAUUGUCAUUUGUCAUAUUGUGAUUUUUUUCAAAUAGUCCUGUGCAGUCAAAAAAUGGUAACGACGAGGCACAUCAUUGUCUUUGGGAACCUGCUGGGUGUUUCUUCCACGGGUCACUUGUUGACAUUAAACUUCCGGCACUUAGGAAGCGUUUUUUUUUGCCAAAAAAUUUCUUUCAAGAGAAGGUGGUUCUUUACUCCACGACAACUCGUGCAUCAUAGUUGACUCUAUAUUUUUUAUCAAACCUUUUACGACCUCCUCUACAUGCUGGUAAAAUGCAUUUUAGACAUUCAUUUAUUUAAUUUUUAAUUUAAUUUAUUUAGAUUGACGGUGAUCUGAACGUGCCAGAUAUACUUAUUCAUCAAAUUAUGAAAUAAUAGAAAUUAUAUCACGCAAAAAAACAUCCAAAAUACAUAUAGAAACCGUAAGGGUUAUGGAUAUUUACUUUACGAUAUUUACUAAAUAAUAGUGCCGUCGAUCCACGUUUUAAUUCAAAGCCGAUUCUAAAUAUACAGACGUAAUUACAUUACGUCAUUUAGCUGACUUACAAUAAGUGCAUUUCAACCAUACGGAUACAAACCCAGAAGAACAAGAAAGUGCAAUUUCAUCAAAAAUUCAACCCAAGCUCCGGUGCGCAUUUACGCACGGGAACAAGUUGCAAGUCCCUAACCGACUGAGGUAAGUAAAAUAACAUAACGCUCAGCAUGGCAGUUAGAGGGAGUAUCGUGCCUCAUUGAUAGGGAAAUCUGGGUCAACAUAGACAGAAAAGAGGGGUGUGACCAUCCCAAAAGUUUUCAAUGGGCUACCUGUAGCGCCGCGCAUAAAUACUCCUCCCUCUGAGGAUGAGUCCAGUCCUGAGGGAAAGACACAGAAACCAGUUCAGGUAUUUGGAAUCAGCUCGAGGUGGAUUAUGAACGCGUUUGGACACCAAGCAUCGAACCAGCAGACCAGCCCCAUUCAGCCCCACAGCGCGCAGGAGCUCCUGGACAUGGCCGUGUACUGCGACAACUACGGUGUGUACCAACAGAACCUCGCCCACCACCACCACCCGCAGAGGCCGCCGGCGCACCCCACCAGCUACGGCCUCGGAGACUACACCUCCCCGUCCGCCAACCCGUACCUAUGGCUGAACGGACCGGGCAUCAACUCCUCUCCUUACCUGCCCGGGAACAACGGCACGUCCUACAUCCAGUCGGGAUACGGGUCGAACCAGAGGCAGUUCUUGCCGCCGCCCAGCGGGUUCGGCGGCGCGGAUCUGGGCUGGUUGUCCAUAUCCAGCCAGCAGGAGCUCUUCAAGAUGGUCCGACCGCCUUACUCCUACUCGGCGCUGAUCGCCAUGGCCAUUCAGAACGCGCAGGACAAGAAGUUGACCCUCAGCCAGAUCUACCAGUACGUGGCGGAAAACUUCCCGUUCUACAAGAAGAGCAAAGCCGGCUGGCAGAACUCCAUCCGCCACAACUUGUCCCUGAACGACUGUUUUAAGAAGAUGGCACGGGACGAGGACGACCCCGGCAAAGGAAACUACUGGACGUUGGACCCCAACUGCGAGAAGAUGUUCGACAACGGGAACUUCCGGAGGAAGCGCAAGAGGAGAGCCGACAUCUCCGCGUCCGACGGCUCCGCGCCGCCCGUCAAGCCCUCAGACGGCCCGCACAAGCUCUCCGACACCGGCAGCCUCCUGAGCUCCCCCCCGCCCAGCCUGCACGGAUCCCCGGCCUCCACGGAGCCUAAGUCGCCGCCGUCUCCGUCCUCCGCGGGGCACGACAGCCCGUGUUACAGCAGCUUCGUGUCCAGCGUGAACUCGCUGCUGGCGGGCGGCGAGGGGCCCCGGGCCGCGGCGGAGCGGGACUACGGCUCCUCCGGGUACCUCGGGGGGGGGCUGUCCGGACCGGGCUCCUACUCGCCCACUUUAAUCGCCCCUCUGAACUCUGACAACAACAGAAUGAACUAUUACACGUCGGUGCAGAGCCUCAGCAACCAUUUUAGUGUGAAUAACCUGAUGUACAGCCGGGAGGGGACCGAGGUGUAGUCUCACUUCACGUUUACUCUUUGUUCAUUAUUAGUCAUUUUAGGGGUUUGUAGGCCUCAGUAAAACUAGCACUGGAAUUGAACUGUUAUUUCCUUUUUCUUCUUUACAACAACCCUUUCUUUUUUGGGAACUACCGCUUCUCCAAUACGGUUUGUCCAAACAUUUGUAGAAAAAUUCACGAAUCAACCCACGGAAAUCUAUCCUUUAACUCAUGGAUAUGUUUGUGUUUUUAUAUGCCCGUCUUGAAGAAGAAGAAGAGGAAGACACCUAUGUACAGAAAUUAUUUUCAUAAGAAGAUGUGACAUGUAUUUUAGACUGAGUUUUGUUUUGUGUUUUAUUUUAAAAAACACAUGUCAAUGUUUGAAUAAAAGUCAUUUAUUUUAA